AUGGUCACUUUGAUCCUUCUCUUCCACUCUCCCCUUCCAACCUUCUCUUCCAAACUAUCCACAAACCUCCUACGUGUGGCUCAACCUAGCACCUCCGUGGCACGACCUACACCGUCGCCACUCUUCCCUCCCUCCGCCGUGAUUGCGCCCUCCUCGCCUGCGGAUCCCACCGCCGCGAGUGCAUCACCGCCCCUCCCCCCCUUCUUCCGCCGCCGCGCCUUCUCUGGCGCCGCCUGCGCAUCCCGCCGCGACGCCUCGUCGUCGCCUCCUCCUCCCCCUGCCGCGACCCCCCGUCGCCGUCUCCCUCCCGCCGCCGCGCCUACUUCGGCGUCGCCCGCGCAUCCCUCCGCCACGGCACCCCUUCGUCGCCUUCCCCUCCCACUGCCACGAAGUCGCGUCGCCGCCCCCCCCCCCCCUACCGCCGCCGCGCCUUCCUCGGCGCCGCCUGCGCAUCCCACCGUCGCGACGCCUCGUCGUCGCCUCCCCCUACCGCCGCCGCGCCUUCCUCGGCGCCGCCUGCGCAUCCCGCCGUCGCGACGCCUCGUCGCUGCCCCCCCCCCCCUACCGCCGCCGCGCCUUCCUCGGCGCCGCCUGCGCAUCCCACCGUCGCGACGCCUCGUCGCCGCCUCCCCCUACCGCCGCCGCGCUUUCCUCGGCGCCGCCUGCGCAUCCCGCCGUCGCGACGCCUCGUCGCCGCCUCCCCCUACCGCCGCCGCGCCUUCCUCGGCGCCGCCGGCGCAUCCCGCCGUCGCGACGCCUCGUCGCCGCCUCCCCCUACCGCCGCCGCGCCUUCCUCGGCGCCGCCUGCGCAUCCCGCCGCCGCCGCGGGUCCACCCGCCGUCGCCCCUCAUGGCCACCACUCCUCCCCCUCUCCCCCCUCCCAUUGACGCCUCCUCCGUCGACAAGCUUCAACUUGCCGCGGACCGCUCGGCGAUCAACUGGCAUUCCUUCGUCGGGAGCAUCCGCCGUGUUCUCCAAGAUGCAUUCGUCGGACCCUACUGCGUCAUCGACAUCCUCCUCCGCCGCCCGCAAGCCCUCCAGCCCACGGCACCCAUUCACCCCGGCGAACCCCCUCCACCCCCCAUUCCUCCUGGUCCUCCUCCUACUGAACCCACCUUGGAAAUCGCCACUACCCCGGCGCUCCAAGAUGCCGCCGAUGCCGCAUUUCUCCACGAUCGCCGCGAAUACCUCAUCCGCAAGGCGGAGUAUGAGGUUGCGGUACAUAACCACGACUUCGCGGUAGCGGAACGCGCCAAUCGCCUGGCGCUCCUUGAUGAGUACAAUACGGCCAUGGUGGACUACCUCCCUCGGAGCAUCGCAUGGGCCACUGCUGAUAACCGCGCCUGCACCGUCCUCCUUGGCGCACUCCCUGGUACCCUUAUGCGCCGUUUCCAAGCUCGCGAGAUGCGCGCCUCCCUCAUCUGGACCGAGCUCCAGGCGAUGUUCGAGCGUCGCGACACCAGCUCUGUCGGCGCCCUGUUCCAAGAGUACUUCUCCAUCACCCUCGCCACCUGUGAUGGCGCAGUUGACUAUGUGGGGCGCAUGCAGGAGGUCGCUGAUCGCCUUGCGGCACGCCAAGCUGCCCUCCCCGAGCCCCUGCAAAUCCACCGCCUCCUCUACAACCUCACCCCGGACUACGAGUCCCGCCUCCAUGCCUUCACUGAGGCCAACCCAAUGGCCGGCCUCGAUGACGUAGUCCAGUGGAUCAUUGACACGGAGGUCAAGCUCCGUACCCCCGUUGUCAACCUUACCACCCCUCAGUCCUCCUCCUCCACCUCCCUCAACACUACGCAGCCGCGCAACCAGGGUGGUCGCAGCGGCGGCGGCGGAGGCCGUGGAGCGGGUGGCGGUGGUGGUGGUGGAGGCCGUGGUGGUGGCGGUGGUGGUAGUGGUGGCCGUGGUGGCCGUGGUGCCGGUGGAGGUGGUGCUGGCAGCACCCCUGGUGGAGGACCCUCCGGUUCUGGUGGUGCUGUGACUCGAGGCGGACGCCCUGGCACUCUCCCCCCAUGCACAUAUGUGCGCCGCCAUGGUCCCCAUGCUGGUACCCCUUGCGGCCAGACCAACCAUCCUCCCACCACGUGCUUUAAGGCACUUGACGAUGCCUGGUUUGAUCGAGGCAACACUGGCACCCCUCCUCGCUGGAACUCGUGGAGCCACUGA